ACAAUGACUAUAAAACAGCCAAAACCACUUCAAAUACGCCUCCCAUUCCGAGUGCCUAGGCCAAAUAAGACCACUACUGAUGUAAGGGUGUGCGGAAUAUGUCGAAAGAAUGAUAGCAAAUACACCUGUCCCAGGUGCAACGUCGCAUAUUGUUCAUUAGAUUGCUUCAAAAAUGAGUCUCACGCACAAUGCUCAGAGCCAUUCUACAAAACCACCGUCUUAGACUCAAUAUCUGCCGACCCUAAAGCGGGGCUCGAAGAGAAGCGGGCGAUGAUGGAAAUGCUGAGAAGGUUCGAAGAAACUGAAGCUGAGGGAGGGAAUGGUUUGGAAGAGCUGGAGAGCGAAGAUGAGGAGGAUGAAUUGAUAACCAGACUGCAAGGAAUUGAUAUAGAUUCCUUGGACAGUAAUGAGCUGUUCAAACUUCUCCCACCAAAACAUCGUGAUGCUUUUAUACAAGCGCUUCAAAAUCCGGAUUCUGAAGAAGCCAAAGUUCUCCUCGAAUCGGCUUCAAAUGAAUUGAUACCCCAGGGGCCGGAUUUGUUACCAUGGUGGGAGAGUGAAGAAGCUUUGGACGAUGGGGAAAAUGAGAGUGGGGAAGACAAGGUUGAGCCAGAGCCAGGUCUGAUACCUCAAGAACUUCUUCUUGGGAUAAAGCCUCCAGAGGGAGUAGGACGAAAACUGGUGUACAAUGCCAUUUCCAUAGGUAUUGCCUAUAUCCAUACACUCUUAUCAUUCCGCCUCCCUUCUCUGUCUCCCACUCACCUCGCCUCGCAAGAUCUCGAAACUCUGGACAUUAAAACUUGUCUUGGUGAACUUGUCCCCUUUCUGAUUGAUCCAAAAUCGACCGUGCGAUACGAAAGCAUUGGUUCUGCAUGGGGCGCUGUAUGGGAAUCUAUUGGAUCCGAAAUGUCCUCGCCACCUAGCGCGCAGAUACUACAACAACUCCUCUCUAUCAUAUCUUCUCUUGUUCAUCCGCCAAUCACCACUCCAUCAUAUCCUAAAUUACUUCUAAUCCUCUCAGACAUAUAUCACCUCUACACGAUACCACCUGGUAAGCUAGGUGCUGCUGUUCCAAGGAAACUGGCGUUCUAUGUGAAAGCUCUUGAGCAAUUAGAAAGGAGUGAAUGGUUGGAGCUGGAAAAUGGAAUUAGAAAAGAGUUGGAUAAGCUUGAGCAGGAAGAGAAUCGAGAGAAUCAAGUAGACGUAAAGAAGGACAAUGAGCAGUUGAAAAUUGUCUAGGCGAUGAUAUUGUAUCAGGUAACAAAUAGUUAAUUGGGAUGAUGAGAUGGGGUAUACAUCUUUUUAGAUCGUACAUCUUACAAACAGUGCCGAAACAGCAUGACAUGUACUCUAAAUGCAAACAG